AUGAAGUUUCUCGCUACAUUCGCUGCCUUGGCUGGCCUCGCCGCCGCAGUCCCCACUCCGACCGAGGACGCUCCUCUUGAGGCGCGUGUUAUCGAGAAGAGAGCGACCAUCACCGACGCUGCUGAUGUUGGCUAUGCAACCCAGAAUGGCGGAACAACCGGUGGCCGAGGUGGCACUACGACAACAGUCAGUACCCUUGCUCAGUUCACCGCCGCUGUCGGUUCAUCAUCUGCGGCCGUGGUCGUUGUUAGCGGAGCCAUUUCUGGAGCUGCCAAGGUCAAGGUCACAUCAAACAAGACAAUCGUUGGAAAGUCUGGUUCUAGCCUUACUGGAAUCGGUCUGACUAUCAACGGGCAAUCCAACGUCAUUGUCCGUAACCUGAAGAUUUCUAAGGUUCUCGCCGACUAUGGCGAUGCCAUCACCAUUCAGGCAUCCAAGAACGUCUGGGUUGACCACGUCGAUGUCUCGAGCGACCUUAACAACGGAAAGGACUACUACGAUGGUCUGAUCGAUGUUACCCACGCCUCAGACUGGGUUACCAUCUCCAACAGCUACAUCCACGACCACUACAAAGCAUCUUUGGUAGGCCACUCCGACGACAACGGUUCCGAAGAUACCGGCCACUUGACCGUUACCUACGCCAACAACUACUGGAACAACAUUAACAGCCGUGGACCAUCCUUCCGCUUCGGAACUGGUCACAUCUUCAACAACUACUACUACAAGAUUGGUGACAGUGGCAUCAACACCCGCCAAGGUGCCCAGCUCCUCAUCGAGAGCACUGUCUUCGAGUCUAGCGCUACUAAGGCUAUCUUCUUCGCCGACAGCGACGAGACUGGUUAUGCUGUUGUCAGUGAUGUGGUAUUGGGCGGCAGCACUAACACUGCACCCACCGGUACUCUCAAGUCUGUCCCAUACAGCUACACGAAACUAGGCUCGGCCAAUGUGAAGGCUUCCGUUACGACCAACGCGGGCCAGAAACUGUCGUUCUAA